AUGAAGAACCGCCUAAAGUCUGGUGAUCACGUGUCCAGUUACACUGUCGGCGCCAUGGCAGCUUCCCUCUCACGUGUGUGUCGGAUGCGUUGCGACGUGCACGGCUUGGUCACGACCGUCAAUGGCUUGGCACGCCCAGUUGCGGCGAUAUUGUACAAGCUGGCCAACAGCAACGUGGCGAUCUCGAAUGACAAUUCAGCGGGAAAUUGCGGUCAAUGCAACCGCGGACGUGCAGCGCGAGAUGCCACGUACACGUCCAUGAUCUCGUACGAGUUUUACCUGUUCUCGAUCGCGUUGUGGCAGUUCCUCUGCCGUCGAAAAAGCCCAAGAUCAGCGACACAAGCGCCGCGGCAAUGUGAACUCCAUCACCGGGAGCCCUCGUUGUCUCUUUCUCGUGAAUUCCGUCAUAUUCGACCUGGCAUCCAUACACGACACCUGAAAGGUGGCGGACAGCAGCCGGGAAUAGCGUAA